AUGAAAAACAAUCAACAUUUGCAAUCAAAGUUCGUCCGUCUCACUGUUGGAUCAACAAUGAAACUCUGGCAAUCGGAUGGUACGAUACUAUUUCCAUAUGUAGUUUCAUCCAUCGAAAAGAAAGAAGUGGAAGUGCAUUACGCUUGGAAAUUCGAUAUGUAUAUAGCUGAUAUUUCGUUCACUCUUAGUGAUGAUAAAUCUUGUUUCUGGAAGGAAAUAACAGUUUUCGGAAUGAAGAAGGCAGCCGUUGAAAAUAAUGAAUGUGAGAUGGUACUGGCAUUAUUGGAACCUGAAGAUUCAAGCACAUUUAGUUUGACCACCGAAGAUAGAAUUGAAAUGUGUACUUGUGAUCAGGGCAACCUGACUUUGUUCCAUAUGUCUUCUAUUCCACAUGAAAAUGUGUACUUUUUGCUUGGCUGUCAGGAAUUCAUUGAGGCUCAACCAUGUUCGGCCGAUGACCGAGUACGAUGGUAUUUGGAGAAUGACCUGCUUCGUGAUGCAAUGCAAUAUGCAAAUGAGCACAAAGCUCAACUUGAGCAUUUAGAUCCUGUCGAUAUUGGAAGGCGAUACUUGAACUCUCUCACUAAACAGAAACGUUUCGCUGAAGCAGCGGCAAAUCUUCAAGCAGUCUGUGGACGUCAGAAAGAUCUGUGGGAAUAUUAUGUAAAUGAAUUUGAACAGAAUAAUGUGGUCCUUCAGUUGGCAAAAUAUCUCCCAGUAAGGGAUCCCCAACUGGAACCGGAAUGUUACCAGUGUGUACUGAUUGCUGCAUUACAUAACCAUCCAGUUUUGUUUUAUAACCUGAUCAAAGUUUGGAAUCCGGAUUUAUUCCGAGUAGGUGCAAUAACGGAUAUGGCAAUGAAACGGAUUGUACAUGAUAAUGUAAAUCCACUAUCAGAAAAUGAUGCCGUAGCUAUUUAUCGAUCACUGGCUCGUCUUUAUCUGUAUGAACGAAAGUAUGAUAAAGCUUUGAUGCUUUAUAUUAUGUUAAACGAUAAAACUGUUUUCCAGGUCAUCGAGAAGUAUCACCUUUUCGACCUGGUUAAGAAUGAUUUGACAAAACUGAUGGAUAUCGAUACGAAUCUGACAAUACGAUUGCUGAUUGAAAAUGCCGGAAGUCUUCCAACAAAAAUGAUUCUAACUCAGCUCGCAAUGUAUCCAAAAUUGCAGUUGGCAUAUUUGAGCACACUAUUUGAGAGAAAUGAAGGCGAAGAAUUUAUCGAUUUUGCCAUAAAACUAUAUGCUGAAAAUGAACCACAACUUCUUUUACCGUUCCUCCGAAAAACAGCAAUCUACGAUAUAGCAAAAGCCAUUGACAUCUGUGAAAAAAAGCAAUACAUCAAUGAGAUGGUUUAUUUGCUGGGAAGAAGUGGAAAUCGUAUGAAAGCUUUAGAUUUACUUGUAAAUAAGCUUGGUCGCAUUGAUAGUGCAAUUGACUUUUGCCGCGAAAACGAUGAUUCCGAUUUAUGGAAUUCACUAGUCGAUGCAGCUGUGAAACGACCGGAUCAUAUCAUGGAACUUUUGAAUACUGCUGGAAAAUAUGUUAAUCCAUUAAAUAUUAUUGAGAAGAUUCCUGAACAGAUGAACAUCCCUGGUUUACGGAAUUUAUUAGUAACAAUUUUACGUGAUUAUGAACUACUUGUACAAAUGCAACGCGGCUCUUUGCAAGUAACAGAAGCCGACAGUAAUCAUCUUUUUACAAAAUAUUUAUCAAAUCGUAAAUGUUCGACUUUUAUCAGUUUCGAGCAAUGUUGCAUUGUAUGCAGGAUAACUGUACUGCUAGAACGCGAAAAGUCCACUGACUGCAGACAUGCGAAUUGUGAUAUCAUUGUUUAUGAUUGUGGACAUUCAGCACACAUCCGUUGUAUAUAUGUCCCUCAUUCAGAUGGACAAACAGUUAUGGAGAGUAGAUGUCCUAUGUGUUAUGGAUUGCAUUUAUAUGGAAAACGUUAG